UUGCUUCCCCUACCCCGCUUGAAGCCGGCGCGGUUUUAGCUGAGCUCGGUUGACUGACUCGCUCGCCUCCGCCUCCGCCUCCGCCUCGCCCACCGCCGUCGAGUGGGUUGGUUCACUUGGUUGGUUGGUUGGAUAGUGGAAUACUCGGUACUGUGGUUGGCGUCCGACGAGAUUCGGCGGCGCGGUCCCGAGGGCUGGGCAUGGCCGCCUCGUGUUCGUCUUCCUCGUCGUCCGCGUCCUCGGCGGGAGGGGACGGCGACGGCGGCGCCCGGGGUGCUGCUGAGGCGGCGGCGGGAGCGAUCGUCGUGGCGGUGGCCGUGCGAGGGGACGGCCGCGCCAGCCGCCGCGCGGCCAGGUGGGCUGCGGCUAACCUCGCCCCGGGGGCCGGCCGCGUCGCGCUCGUCCACGUCAUGCCGCCCGUCUCCUUCGUCCCCUCCCCCUCGGGGGAGAGGGUGCCGGUGGAGAAGAUGGACGCAGUGACGGUGGAGAUGUACGCGCAGGACCGCCGCGCGCGGGCGCAGGAGGAGGUCUUCCUCCCCUUGCGCCGCCUCCUCGGCCGCACAAGCGUGGAGACGGUGGUUCUGGAGGCGGAUAGCGUGCCGGCGGCGCUGGUGAGGUACAUGGCGGAGUCCGGCGUCCGCAACCUGGUGGUUGGAUCCACCUCCAUCAACUGGUUCAGGAGGAUAUUUCGGCUCCGAGAUGUUCCCUCUACCGUCCUGAAAGCUAUGCCGUGCUCAUGCAAUGUAUUUGUUGUGUCCAGGCACAGAUUAACUAUUAAGCUUGCAAAUCAGGCUCGGACAGGAAAGUCAAGCACGCGUGUAAGGACCCAGUCGAUUAGUCAUAGAUCAUUUUCCCACAUACAGAAGAACUGGCUGCUAGACAAACAAUCAUUGCAUGACCACCUUGACGAUGGCAUACUAAAAUCUUCUGGAGAUACGAGUUCUGAUGCAGGCUCUCAUACCUGCAGCUCUCGUAGCAUUUCUACUAAUGCUGGUAAAAGUUCAGGAAGUCAUGGAAGAAGCCUUUUUGGAAGCUUAGGGCGAAAGACACCAGGCAGAGAUGUCAACAAGGAUUUUGAUGCUAAUGACCGAUUGAAGGAAGUCCCUUAUGUUGCCUUGAGCGCAAUUGAUGAGCAUGAUUUUCAGUCUCAACCUGUAGAUGAAGUAGCAAAACUGAGAAAGGAGCUGCAGGAUACAUUAACGAUGUAUGAUAAAGCAUGUGAAGAUCUCGUCCAUGCUAAGAAAAAGGUAGAUCUAAGCCAAGAUAAGAUUGAGGUUCUUUCCAGUGAGUGUAGUGAGGAAGCGAAGAAGGUGCAAGAUGCACUACAGAGAGAGGUAUUGUUGAAGCAGAAGGUCGCAGAUGAGAAGGCCAAGCAUCUAGAAGCUGUUACAGAAGUUGAGAUGGCAAAAACUUUGUUCACUCAGGAGGCUUAUUCCAAGCAUAAGGCUGAAAUAGUAGCUAAUAUGGUGACUGCUGAAAAUGCAAAUUUUAUGGAUGCUCUCUUGUCAACAGGCAAAAGUUGCCGGCGGUACUCAAAACGUGAAAUACAGCUCGCCACUGAUAACUUCUCUGAUGCAAAGAAGAUUGGUGAGGGGGGCUAUGGGAAUGUGUACAGGUGUACCCUCGAUCAUACUGAAGUAGCUGUCAAGGUUAUUCAGCAAGAUUCCAGUGACAAGAUUGAUGAGUUCUUGAGAGAGGUUGAGAUCCUCAGUCAACUUCACCAUCCUAACUUGGUGCUGCUUCUUGGUUUCUGUCCUGAAAUUGGGUGCCUUGUGUAUGAAUACAUGGAGAAUGGAAGUCUGGAAGAUCAACUUAUUAGUAACAAAGGUCAGCAAUCACUCCAUUGGUUCCUGCGCAUCCAAAUUAUCUUUGAGGUGUCUUGCGGGCUUGCUUUCUUGCAUGCAACAAAACCAGAACCCAUUGUUCAUCGUGACCUGAAGCCUGGAAACAUCUUGCUGAACAAGAACUAUGUUAGCAAAAUUGGCGAUGUAGGUCUUGCCAAGCUCAUAUCAGAUAUUGUGCCAGAAGGGCUUACAGAGUACAGAGACACUGCAGUUGCCGGCACACUGUAUUACAUGGAUCCGGAGUACCAAUUAACUGGGACAAUUCGUCCGAAAUCUGAUGUUUAUGCUCUGGGGAUCAUCAUUCUUCAGCUGCUAUCUGGUAAACGUCCACACGGGCUGAUAGUCAGUGCAGAGGAGGCAAUCAAGAAAGGCUCAAUUUCCGAUAUUCUUGACAAGUCACAGAUUGAUUGGCCGAUUGCUGAGGCAGAAAUAUUGGCAAAACUAGCGUUGCGGUGUACAGCCUUAAAAUGCAGGGACAGGCCUAGCCUCGAAUCAGAGGUGCUGCCAGAGCUCGAAAGCAUUCUGAGCAGGGUUACUGCUUCUCCCACAUUAACAAGUCCAAAUACGGCUGUCCCAAGCCACUUCAUCUGCCCUAUAUUGCAGGAGGUAAUGGAUGACCCUUAUGUUGCUGCUGAUGGGCACACCUAUGAGCACAUGGCAAUAAAAGCUUGGCUGAAGAAACAUAAGACAUCCCCUGUCACCAAACAAAGGCUCCCAUAUUUGUCCAUAAUUCCCAACCAUUCCUUGCGUGUGGCAAUACAACAAUGGAAAUCGCAGUUAGCUUAAUGUAGCCAUGAGGUUUACUACUUUCUUUGUGGUUUGUGUAAUUUGAUUAGUUAGUAUUUUUAUGUUCCACUGAGAUAGCUGUACAGCAUAGUAGCAGAGACAUGGUUUUGUUAGCUUAAGGAUGAAAGUAAGCCUAACAUGGCUUGCUAUUCAAAACUCAAGACAUGAAAACAGAUGCUGAAUUCAAUCCCCUCUAAUGCCAGUGUGGUUUGGUGGCAACCAAAAUUCCCUUGUA